AUGUCUGAAGAGGCUCCCGUUUACGUCGCCGCUCUUCUUCUCGAUCCACGCUGUCGGAAAGCAUACUUGGAUAAGAACUGGAAGAGUGCAUGGAUCAAUCCGGCGAUUGCGGAUGUCCGACAGGUAUGGGAGGAGGAAUACAAUAUCAACAACAGCGUCAAUGAUAUACAUGGAGACAUUGUAACUACUCCAGAAGAUACUCCAGUCGCGCCAGGGAAGCCGCCUUCGCAGCUACAGCUUUUGCUGCAGGAGAUGGAGGUCGAGACGGCUGUGUCAACAGACAGUGAUAACCUAGAGGCAUUUAUCAAUGCUCCAGCUAUCAAGAUUGAUUGCGAACCUCUAGAGUGGUGGUGUCGCACUGAACAACGACGGCAAUUUCCACGCCUUAGCCGUAUGGCCAUCGAUAUACUCUCGAUAAACCCUCAAUCAGCAGAGCCUGAAAGGACCUUCUCCGGCGCGCGUAGGACUGCGUCAUGGGACUGGCUGUCGAUAACGUGCGAGCGAAUAGAAGAAGUUGAGUGUCUCGGCAAUUGGAUACGGAAUGGGCAUAUUGUAGCGAGUCGGGACGGUGGACUGGGACUAGUGUGCGACCCGGACGGUGUUAAUGGCAAUGUAGAUACAGAAAUUAGUGAUACAGAGUAG